AACCGAUAAACGUUUUUCAUGUCGGCGAUAAUAAUGCGUCUGGCCACGCUGGUGACACUGAAAACGCUUUCGGCUUUGUACUUUGCGUUUUCUUCUCGCUGGCGUUGACGCUUUUUUAGCUCCUCUUGUCUCGUCUUGUCGGCCGCGUGGUUGACACUCGAAAUAACUGCUAAUACCUUCGGAAACGGUCAAUUUUGUUCAGAAUGAAACUGAAGAAGAAUCAAGCAACGCCGCCCAAGCCCACCAAGGUUGGUGGAGGGAAGCCGAGAAAGUUGCCCAAACCGGCCAAAACCAACGAUGACGACGCUGUCGAAUCGGACACGGAGGACUACUUGAAAGUUAAUGUCACGCCGAAAGCAGCCAAGGUCCCAGCAGCUGAGCUAGGUUCCGAUGAAGACGACCCCGAGCUCGACGACGAGGACUUGGAUGAUGAAGACGAGUUGGACGAAGAAGACAGCCUCGAUGACGAGGAGGGUGAUGAAGACAGUGAAGGGGGCAGUGACGAUGAAGUGCCCCAAUUGGUAGCCGCAAAGAACAAGUCCAAGCCGAAGCCAGCUCCCCCAAAGAAGAAAGCGGGCCAGGAGGAGAGCGACGACGAAGACGAGGAGGAUGAUGAGGACUUUGAUGAAGAUGACAGUGAGGAUGGUGAGGACGAAGCUCCCAAGGCCAAGGGAAAGCCGCAGUUGAAAGACGGUGGCAAGGCGGCCAAGCAGCCAAAGAGAAAAGGAGAAGAGCCCGCUGAGCAGACAUCCAAAAAGCAGAAGCUCGGAGAUGGCAUCCCAAAGUCCGUCUACAUGGAUGUAGAUGAGUACGACAAGCUGUUCCUUUACAUUGGUGACCUGCCCCCUGGCUGCACAGCUGCAGACGUGAAGGCACUCUCUCCAGACAUUGUGGACGUGCGCACAAACGUCAAGGCGGGCGCGAAAUUGGGCUUCAUGUUUGCCAAGUUCAAGAGUGAGGCAAUAGCAGACAAGAACUACAAGCGCCUCCAGGGGGCCCAGCUGAAUGGCCAGAAGCUGCGUGUGGGCUACCGAGGUGCCAAGCGGGAGGGCGGUCUUCCCACCAACUGGUCCGAGUGCCACUCGGAGCUGGCUGUCUACGGUCUUCCAGAGGGCUGCCCUCAGGACAAGGUGGCCAAGCUGUUCCCCACGGCAGUCAAGGUGGCAACCAUGUCCUUCUUUACGUGGGUCAAGUUUGACAGUAAAGCCGACCUUCUGGCUGCUGUAAGGAAUGAGUCGUGUCACAAACUGGAGGGACAUCCUCUCAAGUUCGCCUAUCACUUCAAACCCAAGAUUCAGAAGAGAAAGAAGAGGAAGUCAUCAGGGUCAGGCAAGAAGGGAGGUGACAAGAAAUUUUCAAAAUCGGGAAAGCCUGAUGGGAAGCAAGGAAAGCCCACAAAGAAAUUUGAGAAGCAAGGUGGACAGAAGUCUCCUAAGCAAGGUGGCCUCCAACACAAAACUUCAAAGGCAAAGUUUGAUGCAAAGAGGCAGGCGGUCAAGAAAAUGGCCGGAUUGCAGAAGAAGAAAAUGGAAAAAGCUGCAAACUAACACAAGUGGACAUUUUGUUCUUAGCUACUGAUGGGAUGUGCAUGAAGUUUAAGUCUUCCCCAGCAUCGUCUCUCAGCCAAACAUUUGACAAGACAUUCUAUUGCCACCUUUCACCAUUUAAGUCAGAUUUCUUCUUCUUUUUUUGAGCGGGUAAUUAGACGAUGUUCUGAUUUUAUUACCCACUGCACUUGUUUAGUCAAUACGAAGUCUGCUCUGAUUUCAGGGGCAUCGUAAGGUAUCUACUAGCGAAAUACCGAUUCUAAGUUAAAAAUGGUCGUCCUCUUUUGAAUGGGGUGCAUCGUUCAUAUUUUGGCGACUAUGCCAGUUUUCCCCCAGACCUUGAAUGGUCAUGACUCAUGUUUGUCAGUCAAGAGUGGAGAUGUCAACGCUGGGUUUUUUUCAACAGAGAUGCAUUCAUGUUUAAUCCCUAAAAAAGAAAAGUACCUUUACAAACUCCUUAAUAUUCAGGUUUGGCACCAGGAAAUCACCCCAUCAUUAGUUUUAACAAUGUCCUUCAUGUGUACAGUUCCAUUUCACAUCUGCAGCAAACAAUGCAUCUGUAACUGAUGUUAAAACAAGAGAGCAUGCAGCUCUGCAAUAAAUCUCCGGAAAAAAAUUUA